AUGGGCUGUGCCUUAAGUAAUAGGAAAAAAUCUGGAUAGAGUUAAACCAUAAUUUUCCAAUAAACAGGACAGAAUUAAGGAUAAUAAUAAUUAGAGUAAUUUCUUUAUUUGAAAAAAAGAAUAAUUAAAUAUACCAAGACUGUAAAGGGGAGCUAAUAUUUAUCUAAUGGGAUUGGAGAUAGAAGCAACUAACAAACAUUUCAGUUUUAUAUUUAAAAUUUUAAUUCAUAGGUGCACCGGUUAAGGAUAGUCUUUUAUAAAUUAAGAGAAUGAAAUAAUAAAGAAAGAAAAUUUAUAAAUGUAUUCAAUCAAAAUCCAAACAUAGUUCUUAAAUGUAUAAAUCUGAAUCUUUGGAAUAAAGCUUUUCAAAAAAAUCAGAAUACUCUUCUAAAAAAUAGUCUUCUGAAAAUUCAAAUUAAUAGUAAUCUGGAGAAUCCAAUUCAGAAAAUCAAUUGAACAAUAAUUCAACAUAUAGAAAUAUUUCAGUCCAUGAGGAAUAAAAAAAUAAUCCAAUCAUUGAUGAAUAAAGUUGA